ACGUGUCAGUGGAUCGUGUCAUCGUGGCUUUCUCGCAAGCACUUUUUUUUUUAUAAACGUAGGAGGGUCUCAAAACCAACAUUGCUUUUACGAUCGCGACUAGGUUCCGUUGAGCCAGUACAUAAUAAGACUUGAUAAGUUGAACUGAUCGUUUGUUCCCAUUGCCGGGUCCUUGUACAUGCUCCUGUGGUAACAGUUGUAUCGUGUGAUUGGCAAGUGUUUGAAAGUUCCGGCUUAAAAGAGGGUUUUUGUCGGUACCCAGCGUGUAAUUGUGAAUUAAAAACUAGAAGCCGUCCUAGUGGCAGAGUUUUGAGUUUUCUGUAAUUAACCCGGGAUAUAAAGUAAGGCGUGAUUAUGGCCCCAAAACAAAGGAUGCGAAUCGCAAACGAGAAGGCGAGCAAAUACGUGACUAUGCGUGGCAACGUACCUAAAUCCUCGAAAAAUAAAGAUAAUCAAUAUCCGGUUGGACCAUGGUUGUUGGCACUUUUCCUAUUCGUUGUAUGCGGAUCGGCAAUUUUCCAGAUCAUUCAAUCCAUUCGCGUGGCGUAGAAGGCUGACUAUGAGAUACAUAAAUUGUUGUUGACGUUUUUUUUACAACAAUAUUAAGAUAAAAUAUGAUAGGUUGAUGAAUAAAAUUCAAAGAAAAAUGGAGGAGACAAGUGAAUAUCUAAAGAUUAAUUAUGAAGAAAUAGAAUCGACGGUAAUACAGCAAUUUGGAUCUGGAAAUAUGAAUGAAAUCUUGAAACUCGGAGGGCAUACGAUUCACAAAUCGAACAUAAGUUUACAGUGAGGCGAACAAAUAAGCCGUAAUUUCUAUGAAAAACUCAGAGAAUUUUCUCCUAAUUUGUGGCAUUUUUUUUUUGUUUUUUUGUAAUAAUAAAUUCCGAACCACAGAGCGUGCGUAUUUCAAAAUAUCUCUAUGCAUUUAUGGGUGUUUGAACAUAGCUACAGGUGCAUAGGCGCAAAUUUGAACAAGAGUUGAUGGACUGGCGUUAAAUUCGAUUGCCUCGUUUCACCGAAAAUUAAUUCAACGCAUAGAAACUCACAGACUCAGACUGCGGUACACCUUUUUUUUGUGCUGAUUUUAUACAUUUCCAACUGCAGAGAAUUUACAUCUUCGAAAACAAUAUUUCUGGGGCUGAUAUUAGCGUGUUAUUUUUCUUCCUUAAGUUACAGUAAAAAUACCUCAAUAGUUUUGUGUAAAUUGUUUUUCGUAUUCUCAACCUGUUUCUGAAAUACUAUUUAACCUAAAAUUGCAAAUAACUUCAUGCCAACAACAAACAUCUAUUUGAAAACAUUCCGGAUAUUUUUUAAAAACAAAGAAUAAUAUUAAAAAAAAAAACGAUUGCCAGCAAGACGAACGAACAUUGCGAUUAAAAAUAAUAA